AUCGCGGCGACUUUUGUACUUUGACCGCCAACGACGAUUUACAACGCCGCUACAGGACGUAUAUAAACUCAUGAGACGAUCAACAGUAAGUUUAUUUAGUUCUCACAGCCCUGGUUGCCAAAUUGCUCGGAAGAACAUGCCCUCGUCAGCCUUUUACAGCAUUGGAAUAUCAGGCAGGCUUCAGCCAACGCUACAAUCCCAAAAAUGGCAGACCAGUCUUCAAUCCUCCGCCAAACAGCACUGAAGUUCAUAUCGGCUUUUGAGACCCUUUCAACAGAAACAUUCGCAUCUUUACAAGCCGAAUCUUACAUUCACACAUUCGCCCCGAAAUCAUUUAAUCCGCCCACACCCCUCGACGGGCCACGCUUCAUCCAACAUGUUUCACACCUGAAGGAUCUCCUGCGCGGGUUUCCCGUACGCCCGAAAGAAGUAUUCGUCAACGAGGGGCUCAAGCAAGUAACUAUUUAUGCCGACAGUGAGACGUGGUUCCAUGAAGACGUCAAGGACGACAGUGUGCCGGCUGGGGAUUGGUUAUAUCAUGGCGAGUAUAUCUUUAUACUUGAUAUGGACGAGAGUCAGACGAAAAUUAAGCGGGUUUUCGAGUUUUUGGACAGUAAAGGGACAGAUAGGCUUAGGGUGUUGCUUGGGAAGGCGAGGGAGAAUAAGACUGCAUCGCAGACUGGUGGCCCCGCGAAUUCUGGGAAGACGGAGUCAUAGCCAUAGCCAUAGCCAUAGCCAUAGCCAUAGCUAAAGUGGCGAUAGACUAUAGUCCAGAACGGAAUGAACUCUCGUGGUAUUAGUGUGGUACGGACGAUGAUAG